AUGCCAUACGUAGCUCCUGAGGUUUUGAAGGGUCAACAAUUCACCCAAGCUGCUGAUAUAUACUCUUUGGGUGUUAUUAUGUCCGAGAUAUCUACUGGAAAAAAAGCAUUUGAUGGCGUCCCUUUUAAUACUACACUUUUUUUAAAAAUUUGUAAUAAAAAUGAACGACCAGAACUUGGUGAAGGAACUCCAGAGUGCUAUGUGCAAUUGGCCAAAAGAUGUAUGGAUUCUGAUCCAAAUGAACGACCAACUACUACCAUCAUCAGUUCAAGAAUCGUUUAUUGGCUUGAUGAGAUUGAACAGAAGAAUGAUAACGAGAUCAAAAAACAAUUCUUAGAGGCCGAUAAUAUAGUACCAAAAGUUGAAACAUCGAUUCAUCCGAGUUAUAUGUAUACGAGAAAACUGAUUAACACAAAAAGGAUAGAUGAAACUUUAAUAAAUAGCUAG